GAAUGAAAGAAAGAUGCGACCUUUACUAGGUCUGAAAUCUGAUCCCGUUCAUCCGGUCUGUAUAAAAGCAAGAGGGUCUUCAUUGGAGGGUGCAUGAUUCCUGCAAGAUUCAUCUCUAGGAGUAUAUAACAAAAGAGAAGAUGGAGUGUUUCAAGUGAGAUUGCACCCUCCCUAUGCCUCUCCCAGAUUCCCGAGACUUUCUGAGGCACCUGUGUUUUUCCUAGGAGUCCAGGAGGUCAUAUGUAUCCUUGGUUGGGGCAUCUUUGCAUAGUCCUUCCCAGGUAGAAGCUCUGUGCUGUAUCGAUCUUGAGUUUGCUCAGUCAAAUCAGGCUCUUUCAAAGACACAGUUAGGUAUCAGGUCUGGGAUGGAAGAGUCAGCACCAGAAGAAGGCCAGGAUCAGCUCCCAAGCCCCCAUCAGGGCUCCCUGAGGAGGGCAAUGGCCGCUGCCCUGGCCCUUGAUGGUGAAUCCACAGUGGGCCGCAGGAAGAAGAAGAGGAAAGAGUCUCGCCCAGAAUCUAUCAUUGUCUACCGGUCAGAUAAUGAGAAAAUGGAUGAGGAGCCUGAAGAUUCAGAAAGUGGAGAACAACCUAAGGAGGAGGAGGGAGAGGAUUUCCUAGACUAUCCUAUGGAUGAUGGUAUGUGGAACAUGCCUUUGGACAGCCGCUAUGUCACACUAACUGGAACCAUCACACGAGGGAAGAAAAAGGGUCAGAUGGUGGACAUCCAUGUCACUUUGACAGAGAAGGAGCUGCAGGAACUGACCAAACCAAAGGGGCUGUCAAGGGAAACAACACCUGAGGGAAGAAAGGCCUGCCAGGUGGGGGCAGAACAGGGGCCCCAUGUGGUCCUCUGGACACUGGUCUGCCUGCCUGUGGUUUUCGUCUUCUCUUUUGUUGUAUCUUUUUACUACGGCACUAUCACCUGGUACAAUAUCUUCCUUGUGUACAACGAGGAGAGGACUUUCUGGCAUAAGAUCUCCUACUGUCCUUGCCUCAUUCUGUUCUAUCCAGUGCUCAUCAUGGCCAUGGCCUCUUCCCUGGGCCUCUAUGCUGCUGUGGUCCAGCUCUCAUGGUCCUGGGGGGCAUGGUGGCAAGCUGCUCGGGACAUGGAGAAAGGCUUCUAUGGCUGGCUCUGCAGCAAGCUGGGUCUGGAGGACUGUUCUCCUUAUAGCAUUGUAGAGCUGCUUGAAUCUGACAACAUCUCAGGCAAUCUUUCCAACAAGGACCCUGUCCAGGAAGUAGAAACCUCCACUGUCUAAACUGCCAACAGCUCCCUUCUCUGUCCUCAGAGUUGAUACGUCAUUUUAAAAUUCUAGCAGGUUCUUCCUUUAAAUUAUCCCCUACCUUCUACAGUUCUGGAAAAUCCUAGCUCACAUUGGUCUGUUCUACCAUCUUUGCUAUUCCAAGGCCAGGAAACAGAAAAGUAACGUGCUAAAGCAGUUCUUCCGGUGGACAAACUCUUCUUCAGUCUCAGCCCUAAAAAUGACCAUUUAUCUGAGUCAGGGAGCGCCACUGUGAAUUCCUUUGGGAGCUUGAAGGUGUUUACUGGUGCUUGUAACCCAGGGCAGCGUGACUAAAUAUGAUAGGAAGAAACAAGAGGCUUAGAGGCGACCAAAUCUACCAAGAAAAUAGAGACAGAGCAAAACAUUUUUGGAAGUAGACUACUAGAGUGUGACAGAAAGUAAACUCUGUACACCACUUAGAUUUAGGUAGAGUUACAUAUAAUUAAAGCUCAAAACAUCAGUGAUCUAAACAAGUGAGACUCUCUUUUGUUUUUUUGGGUUUUUUUUGUUUGUUUGUUUUUUUUGUUUUUGGUCUUUUUUCC